AUAACCUGGGAAUACCCGGCUUGGUCUGUAGCGGUGUCUCAUACACUGGAAGCUAACCAUGCCUGGAUCUGAUUGGGACAGUGAUGGCGAAGAAAACCAUAGUUCUACCAGUGCCGUGAAUUUCAGCAACUCGCAAUCCGAUUCUGUAUACGAUGACAGGUGUAAAAAUGCAAGCAAUGCGUUCACCAGUCAAGGUUUUGGAUCUGAGAGAGGUUUUGGCAACCGAAGAGGCUAUAGAUCUGGACGAGGUGGCGGAUCCAACCAGUUCGGUCGCGGUUUAAAUGCAAAUGAAGAUGGACAGAUGCGUAGUGGGCCUCGAAGAGGAGGUUUUGGAAGCAGGGAUGAUGGACGGCAGCGCUCAGGAUUUUCAGAUAGACAAGGGACCAAUGGAAAUGAAGGCCAGAUGUCUAAUUGGGAGCCAGGGAAUAACCAUGCUAAUGGGAAAGAUGUUCAAACAACAAGUUGGAUCCCAAAACAGGGGGGCAAUGAUGAAGAUAUUCAGAAUAGUAAUUGGGCUCCUAGAGGAGCAUUUGGUAGACGUGAAGAGGGACAGAGACAAAGAGGUGGCUUUAACAAUGAGAACUCUGAUUUUAGCACACGUGGACGAAGAGGUAGAGGUUUUCCUUCUGGUGACUUUGCAAGGAGUGGAUUUGAAGGAAAAGGUGGAUAUAGAGCAAGCAAUGAAGAAGUUGGUAUUGAAUCGAGUGAAGGACACGAGUUGAGAAAUGCGAAUGGAGACCAAGGUCCAAAGGUUACCUAUAUUCCUCCUCCUCCACCUGAAACUGAAGAGGCUAUAUUCAAGCAUUAUCAAACUGGAAUAAACUUUGACAAAUAUGAUGAUAUAAUUGUUGAUGUAUCUGGAGUUGAUGCUCCUCCAGCUAUAAUGACAUUUGAAGAAGCUAAUCUUUGUGACACUCUAAACAAGAAUAUUUCUAGAGCUGGAUAUGUGAAACUAACUCCAAUUCAGAAAUACAGUAUUCCCAUCAUAAUGGCUGGGCGUGAUUUAAUGGCAUGUGCACAAACUGGUUCUGGAAAAACUGCGGCAUUUCUCUUGCCAAUCUUGGCUUAUAUGAUGAAUGAGGGGAUUACAUCUAGCUCAUUUAAGGAACUUCAGGAACCUGAGGCAAUCAUUGUUGCUCCAACAAGGGAAUUGAUUAAUCAGAUCUAUCUAGAUGCCCGAAAAUUUGCUUAUGGAACCUGCGUAAGGCCUGUUGUAAUAUAUGGAGGAACGCAAACUGGUCAUUCAAUAAGGCAAAUAUUUCAAGGUUGCAACAUUCUCUGUGCCACACCUGGACGGCUAAUGGAUAUAAUUGGCAAAGAGAAGAUUGGCUUGAGUAAAGUGAAAUUCCUAGUUUUGGAUGAAGCAGAUCGAAUGCUUGACAUGGGAUUUGGCCCAGAGAUUACAAAGCUGGUAACCAGUCCAAAUAUGCCAAGCAAAGAGGAGCGACAGACCUUGAUGUUUAGUGCCACAUUCCCAAAAGAAAUACAGAACCUGGCUUCAGCUCACUUGAAACCAAAUUAUUUAUUUGUUGUGGUUGGCCAAGUUGGUGGUGCCUGCAGUGAUGUUGAACAAUCGAUCAUGGAAGUUACACAGUUCCAAAAAAGAGAGAAGUUGCUUGAGAUCUUAAACAAUAUAGGUAAUGAACGGACAAUGUUGUUCGUUAAAACCAAGAAGAGUGCAGAUUUUAUAGCUUCAUUUUUAUGUCAACAAAAUAUAACCACAACGAGCAUCCAUGGUGAUAGAGAACAAAGGGAGAGAGAGAUUGCACUCUUUGAUUUUCGAAGUGGGAAGUGUUCAGUACUUGCUGCCACUUCAGUUGCUGCCAGAGGCUUAGAUAUUGAAAAUGUUCAACAUGUGAUCAACUUUGAUCUUCCAAAGGAUAUUGAUGAGUAUGUUCAUAGAAUUGGACGUACAGGUCGCUGUGGUAACACUGGAAAAGCAAUUUCAUUUUUUGAUCCAGCAAACCAAGAAGAUGUGGCCGUUGCUCGUUCAUUAGUGAAAGUGUUAACUGAUGCCCAUCAGGAGGUCCCACCAUUUUUGGAAGAAAUUGCCUACAAUGCACAUGGAACAUCUGGCUACAAUCCACAUGGAAAUGUAUUUGCAUCAGUUGAUAACAGAAAGAAGACUGUGCAAGAGUCCAUUCAGAGUACUGCAUUUGUGGCAGAUGAGGAGGAAAAUUGGGGAUAAAGAUGCAUCCAACAAAACACUUAAGAUUUAUUUUCAGAAAAUUACUACAAAUA